CAAUCCAAUCAGCCUUAGAACCUAAAUCUUCUCAAUGGGGAGCCAAAUGAAGAAGCAAUGGCAUCAAUUAGCUUGUGCUUUAGCAUUUUUCUUUAUUGCAACUUGCACUAUGGCAUAUUCACCCGAUUCUUAUAAAUCACCAGUUCCGUCAUAUAAUCAAGUACCAGUGUCAAAAGACAAUUACGAAGUGCCACAAGUAUCGAAGAACAAUUACAAGGUACCCUCAGUGCCUAAACAAGAAUACAAGGCACCAUCUUUGCCAAAGGAUAACUACUACACGAAGCCAUCGGUUCCAAAAGAUAACUACAAGAAGGUGCCAUCUGUUCCGAAAGAUAAUUACUACAAGGCACCUACAAUGCCUAAGCCGGAGUACAACGCGCCAUCUUUGCCAAAGAAUGACUACUACAAGAAACCAUAUGUUCCAGAAUAUAACUACAAGAAGGUGCCAUCUCUUCCAAAAGAUAACUACUACAAAGUACCUUCAGUGCCUAAACAGGAAUACAAGGCGCCAUCUUUGCCAAAGAACGACUACUACAAGAAACCAUCAGUUCCAAAAGAUAACUAUUACAAGGCACCCUCAACGCCUAAACAGGAAUACAAGGUGCCAUCUGUACCCGGGAAUGAAUACUACAAAAAGCCAUCAGUGCCAAAGAAUAACUACAAGGUGCCUUCUAUUCUAAAGGAUAACUACUAUAAGGUACCCUCAGUGCCUAAACCGGAAUACCAGGUGCCGUCUGUACCAAAGAAUGUCUAUUACAAAAAGCCAUCAGCUCCAAAGAAUAACUACAAGGUGCCUUCUGUUCCAAAGGAUAACUACUAUAAGGCACCCUCGGUGCCUAAAUCGGAAUACCAGAUUCCAUCUGUACCAAAGAAUGACUACUACAAAAAGCCAUCAGUUCCAAAGAAUGACUACUAUAAAAAGCCAUCAGUUUCAAAAACUGACUAUUACAAGGUACCCUCAAUGCCUAAACAAGAAUACAAAGUGCCAUCUUUACCGAAGAAUGACUACUACAAGAAACCUUCAGCUUCACCUCCACCGCCAUACUACUAUAAUUCACCCCCUCCCCCUUCACCAUCACCACCACCUCCUUACUCUUAUCAAUCAUCUUCAACUCCUUCUCCAUCACCACCUCCUCCAUAUUAUUAAACUUCAAACACAACAUAAUCUCAAGGGUCUUGAGUUGAAGGCAUGAUAUCAAAGAAUUUAAUUCUUAAUUUGUUGUUUCUUUCUUUUCCUUAUUCGGUUGGCAAUUGUUUUGUCAUUUAAAUUGUAUCUUGAAUGUUUCCAGAGAAUUAUUUCAGUUGAAUACAAGUUCCUUUUAUUGAUCUA